CCAGAAAACGGAAACGACAGUGUGUUUGCUGGAUCUAUUUUCUUCAGGCUCGCUGUGCUGCGCCCUACUCUCCCUUUCGUUUGUGAUAGGCCGCCAUCUUGAAUUUUAAUGUUAAUUUGUAAAAAAAAUGUGUUUCCUGUGAUAUUUUCGUUAGGAGUCUCGUGCCAAAUUUGGAUUUGUUUGAGGGAGUGGUGAUUUAUUUCGUGACCGUUGAUAAAAUCAAGUAGUUUUAAACUCUAGACCCCCCCUCAGUAGCGUUCCUUUAUCUCGGAGACUAAAUGCACCUGGACCAGGGGGCUUGUGGGCAUGAAGUGGCUGGGCGAAUCCAAGAACAUGGUAUUAAAUGGCAGACGACACGGAAACAAGUUGACCAGCGAGCAACCUGUGGGUCAGAGCCAGACUCGCUCUCAGCAUUCACAGCGUGCAUCCCUGCGACACAGCAAAACCCACCCCAGAAACCGAAGAUGUAGCCGCAGGUUUAAUGCAGCCAGUCUGGAGGCAGAGAGGCGCUAUGUGCCCUCUUCAGGAAUGACUGCCAAGGAGUUAUGCGAGAAUGACGAUCUGACCACAAGCCUCAUCCUGGAUCCAUAUCUGGGCUUUCAAACUCACAAAAUGAACGUCAGAUUUCGACCAGUUAAGGGAAGACAGGAAGAGCUAAAAGAGAUCAUUGAACGCUUCAAGAAACAUGACAACUUGGAGAAGGCUUACAGGGCUUUGACAUCUGGAGAAUGGUCCCGGAAUCUUUUUCUCCACAGGACAAAAGCUCAAGAAAAGCUCUUCAAGCAACAUGUGUUUGUGUAUCUGAGGAUGUUUGCUACAGACAGUGGAUUUGAGAUUCUCCCCUGUAAUCGAUAUUCAUCAGAGCAAAAUGGGGCUAAAAUUGUGGCAACAAAAGAAUGGAAAAGAAACGACAAGAUCGAGUACUUGGUGGGAUGUAUAGCUGAACUUUCAGAAAGCGAGGAAAACUUGCUUCUUCGACAUGGAGAGAAUGACUUUAGCGUCAUGUAUUCAACUCGCAAGAACUGUGCACAGCUCUGGCUUGGACCAGCUGCCUUCAUCAAUCAUGAUUGUCGACCAAACUGCAAGUUUGUAUCGACAGGAAGGGACACAGCUUGUGUGAAAGUGCUGAGGGACAUUGAACCAGGAGAAGAAAUCUCAUGUUAUUAUGGAGAUGGUUUUUUUGGGGAGAACAAUGAAUUUUGUGAAUGCUAUACCUGCGAACGACGCGGUACUGGUGCUUUCAAAUCCAAAGCUGGUUUGCCUGUGGAAGUGCCAGUGAUCAACAGCAAGUAUGGUUUACGGGAGACAGACAAGCGUCUCAACAGGCUGAAGAAGCUGGGGGAAGGGAACCGGAGUUCAGACAGUCACUCUGUAGGCUCUCACACUGAUGUAGACUCUCAGGAAAUGCCAAAAACUCAUCAAUCUGCCACAAAAAGAACAUCCUCAUCAUCAUCCUCAUCAUCAGGCCUAAAGUAUAAAAACAGGACUCAAACCAGACAGACUUUAUCAAAAGCCCUUACUACCUCAUGUUCAAAACAAGGUCGUGUAAACAAUAACAGGGUACCAAAGAGACUAAAAUCCCAAUCCAAGCCUUCACUAAGUAAAGUCCAGUUGCGGAGUCGCAGGAGGGGUGUAGAGCCCAAGGCAUUGGCCAAGGGAGAGACUUGCCAGCUGGGCCUCAGGGACUCAAAGGUGUCACUGUGUAAAGGUGUCACAGUCAAAAAGGAGAAGGAUGGACAGGAAGUGGUGCAGCAGACGUUAGGCCAGCGAGGCUGCCUCACACGCCAUGCUGCCAAGGAAAAUGGCAGCUUAACCGUUGUACAAAGCAGCGAGGCCAGCCAGUGUUCAAUGUACAGAACUCGCAGGUCCACAAGGACACUUGGAAAAGUCCAGGAAACCGGAACUGGUGUUAAGCUGGAAGCCAGCGCCAUGGAUGGCUUACUCCCAGUGCCUGGUGGAGUGGUGAUUAAAACAGAGCCAGCAGACAUGGAGGAGUAUCUUCAUCAUGGAGUGGGACUGGAACAGCCAACGGUAAGAGGCACGUGCACCAGGCGGAAACGACUAACACGGCUCAGGACCGAGCGGACAAUUAAAUGUGAGGACUCGUAUGGUGAGCCGUUCAUGCCGGUGGCUGGUGGCCACACUGCUAACUUCUCAGACUGUGGAAACAUGCUCUUGAGCUUUGCCGACCGACACAGGGACUACCAUGGGGUGGCAAACGGCAGCAAACCUCUGCACAGGGACAAGGGUAAGACUGGCUGCCGGUCACAGGACAAGGGGAAGAAGAAGCGUCAGAUCACUCGAUAUGAUGCCCAGCUGAUCUUGGAAAACAACACGGGCAUCCCCAAAUUGACGCUCCGCCGGCGGAGGGACAGCUGCAGUAGCAAGACCAACGAUGCCCAUGAUCCUAUUGGCUCCUCCAACUUUUCAGCCUCUGCAGUUAACUCUGCUUCUUCCAGUAAAAUAAGCAUCAAGUUCAGCAAGGACCACGAUAAGGACAAAGGCAGCUCAUACAUAGCAAAACUAAACAAUGGCUUUGCCCCUGUGGUUCACAGUAACUCCACUAAACUGAAAAUUCAACUGAAAAGAGAGGAUGAUGCACGGAGACUAUCCCAGACUAAGGCGGAUCAAGUGUCCUUUAAUGGGGACACAGGUCAGAGUCUGGACACAAGGAAUGGUGGACAUCGAACUCAAAAGGUCCUGGCGGAGCCUUCAUCUGAGGAAGACAAUGAUGAGGAAGGGGAGGAUGACGAGGACUAUUUUGACAAUGAGUUUGAAGACGAUUUCAUUCCACUUCCUCCAGCAAAGCGUCUCAGACUCAUUGUGGGAAAAGACUCCAUUGACAUUGAUAUCUCCUCCAGGAGGAGAGAGGAUCAGUCUCUGAGGCUCAAUGCAUAAGCUGUGGAGCUGUUCACUCACAGUUUUCCCUGUAAAUAAAGAUGACUCGCUAAUCAACUGUUGUGUUGAUGUAAAAAAAAAAGUACAGUAAUUUAAAAACAGAUAAUUGCUGAAAAAUUUUAAAUCUGAAUGAACCUUGCUAGAGGGUGCUGUUAACCUAAAACAAAUCUCUGUUUUUCACUUAAGUGGUGUUCAUGGAAUCUAAUUUUAGUUUUAAGAUCAAUUCUAUUUAAGCUAAAGUUUACUUAUCCAUUAUUUUUGUCUGGCAUCUUAUCUGCAACCUAUGCUAAAUGUAAAGUGUGAGAAAUUUGCCAAAAUUAGUCAAAUUUAGUUGAAUGAUUUGGCCUGAUAAGUGAACAACAAAAAUUUGUUUUACGUUGAACUAUUCCUUUAAGUAAAUGCACUUGUUAUAUUCAUAAUGGACAUGGAUAUUGUAGAAAGUGUACAGUUUGGUGACUAUCCCCUCUGUCUCAUAGGCAGGUUUUUAUUGAACUUUACGUUUUGUCUCAUAGUUUGUAAUUGUUGUGUGGCAAACCAUGCUGAACACGCAGAAUGGUUUGAUUAGUUCAGAGGCAUUAUUUAAUAGGCCAAUCAUAUCAGUUGGCUCAGGUUGCCAUGCUGUCAUUAUCCCAGUAGUUUUUCUGGUUAAAAAUAUUUAUACAUACUAAGAAACUUAUUGCUGAAAUCUCAUUUAUGUUGACCACUGACAACAAAGGAAAGAUGGAAUAGUUAAUGCAUGUGAAGCUCAAGUGUCAUUUGUUUGACUUGUGGUCAUUGCACGUAAAAUACAGAACAAUCCAUUUGAGAUCAAAUCCAAGAAAUUAAAGCACAGUCAGAUCUUUUUUUUGUAUGCUUUGAGCUACUGAGCUAAUGACAACAUGGCACAUAGACACACUUUAACUAAUGAAAGCAUAAACGAGAUCAUCUACAUUAAGGCUACCUAUAUGCUCUCUAAAUAUCUAAAAGUAACAGGACUACGAUUGUCCUUCCACUCAAUUAGAAACAUUUCAAAUUCAGGCAAAUUCAUCUUUUUAUUCUUUUUAAUUUUCCAAAUAGGAUGUUUAAAGCAAAUUAUGUUUCAUGAUUGGGCUUAGGCAAACUGAAAAUGCAAUAUUUUUCACAAUUUCCUUGCAUGUCCUAAUGAAUAAUCGAUUGUAAAAUACUUACGCAGGCCUAAAGUUAACACAUGUCCAUCAACACAUUUUAAGAAGGUUUUGUAGUCUAAAAUUGUUUUCUAGCAUAAAAAUUAUGUUUUCUGUUCUUGGCGGUGCUAUUUUUCUGUUUCUUUACCAUCACUUUGAAUUUCUGUGCUGUGUACUUUUGCUGGUGGACGGUGGGAGCAUUAAAUUUAACAGACCCAAAUUAUAUAAACAAGUUACACGAGUAAUGCGCAUUUUAUCUAUGUCAUCGUUAGUGUAUUUAAGUUGUAUGUUUUAUUUUCUUCAGAGCACAUUUACAUUUUUUAUUUUGCUAAGUUGUUAAAAGUAACUAUCCAACAGCAUUAGGUGCCUUAAAGAGCUUUUUGACACAUUUAGACCAAAUUCGUAAAAAAGUAAUCAAAUGAAGAGUGAACCUGGUAAGCCAUCUGCUUCCCCUGGACAUACUGAAGCAAGUCCACUGUCAAUCGUUCGGUAUAUUUUACUUUUGUUGUGUGGAAGUAAAUGAACUGCCCAAUAGAUCAAGGGAUCAACUGAGACUGAAUGUUAACCCACUGUUCUCGUGUUAAUACGUACUGUUCAUAUCACCAGCAGAUAAUCACCGCUCUGAACAUGGCUCAGUUUGACCUUCCCUCUCGUCAGACAUCUCCACCUUUACACUGUAAACUGUUCAGGUGUACCAUCUGUGUGGUCUUUGUCCAAUAGACAGCUGUCAAGUUUUCUAAUUGAUCGAAAAAGCUUAAAAAAAAAGAAAAAGUUAGAAAAAGGCUAAACAAAUGUGAAUAGUUUGCGGACAUUUUAGUGUGUUACGUGGGUAGUGGGAAACAUGUAAAGAGAAUUAAAAAUGGGCAGUGCAUAUAUUGUCCAAUAUGUAAAUCAUGUGAACACAUCUUGUACUUAUUUAACAGUUUUGAAUACUUGAAAACUAUAUAAAGUUUCUUUGUGACUCUUG